AUGACUUUUGUAAUCACAGAUCCCAGCCAACCGUUCAAGACUAUGUUCGAGUCGACGCAUGGUGACCGACACGAAGAGCCGUGGAAGGUCUUAUCUCGUUAUUUACCAUCUCAGAGCUGCGAUCACCAGCUCUGGUGGGAAAGGCUGGCACCAGUUAUCGGAUCCUCUUUGGGUUUGACGGAUUAUGGCCUCGGUGCUCAGUAUCGGAAUCUCUUAUUAAUUUAUUCCAUAGUUAUACCAUCUCUUGGUCCAUUCCCAAACAAGAACGGGGCAAAAUCCACCUGGAUCGAUUGUAUGGCAAACAAUGCUGGGCCGUUAGAUGUCAGCGUGAACUAUCAACAAGGAUCGAAGUGUGCCUUUCGAAUUACAGUUGAACCUGUUGGCCUUCACGCUGGAGAUCAGUCAGACAUCAUUAAUGAGUUGGCUCCAAAGUCCCUGCUCCAAAAUCUGAACCAUAUCCAGCCAGAUAUCGACUUUACCUGGUUCGACCACCUUGACCGUACGCUUAUUCUGAAUACUCAACAGGCGCGCCAGUACUGGAGCUUGAUGGAACACCUUCCCUGCAAAUCUCAGACGGUGAUUGGACUCGACCUUCAUGAGGAUUCAUUCACAGUCAAGCCUUACCUCAGUCCUCUAUUAAAUGCAGCCGCUACGGGCGACAAUUUUCUCCGAGUCAUGUUUGACAAUCUGAGGGAUCUCUGCAGCACUAGCAACCUCAAGCUUGGUCUGUCAAAGGUGGAAGAAUACCUGAGCUCGACGACCCAUAAAAUUCAAGGGGAAAAAACCUAUCUUUCUUUCGACUGCAAGAGCCCUGCCCAGUCCCGCAUCAAGAUCUAUUCCGCCGUGGACGGCUUGGACAUUGAUAAUGGAUUUCGGAUCGUCGAGAAGAUGUGGAACAGAAUUUACCGUUGCCAAAUGCCCGCUGCGAAGUCAAGGGAGUUUUUGACCGUCAACUUUAAUUGGGAGGUUUCGCCCAAGGAUGGCAACGUUGCGCCAAAAGCAUACUUCCUCGUCAGCGAUGAUUAUGACAAGCAUAUCUCUCUUGCCGUGAUUGAUCUCUUUCAAGAACUUGGGUGGGAGGACCAUAUCCACCGACACAAAGCAUUGGAGAAGGUGGCAUACUCUGCCCACGAUCUGGAGGGACGAACGGAUAUCUACGUGUGGCUUGCUUUUGCAUACUCUACAGGCUCAGGUCCGUACGUCACAGUUUAUACCAAUCCACUUGCUCGUCGCGUGUAAGGAAGCGGAUCAGCAGGAAGUCUCAGAUACUGUUCUGGUUUCGAGAUAGCUAGUACGAUUUAACAAAAGCUGCUUACUCCUACCUUCACCUCGUUGUUGCGGAAGCCUGCUGCACCCAGACAAGUCCAGAUGAUCAAUAGCUACCGGUCCAAACUUAGGCUAUGUCCAUAAUUCCCUCCUGAUGGCUACUUCUCUUUCCUUUCCUUUCCCUUUCUCCUUUUGGUAUUUUUUACUUUGUUAGUCUCAUUCUAACCACACCGAACAAUAUGAGAGAAAUCGCGGUGUGAUG